GCGUUUUAACGCCAAGCAUUGUAAGAGUGUUUGUUAGCCUCUCUUUAAAUCUCUUUUAAUCAGAGAACGUGGUUUCUCUUCCUUCUUCGACUCUUGGAUGUCUGUAAAAAUGUCCAGGCUUCAGAAUCUUUCAGUUUUUCCUAAGGAGGGGAGUAAAGAAGAGGUUCCCCCUGGGCAAACAGAGAUGAGCUCCAGCCUGAGCCAGGAGAUAACCAUCAAAGAAGAACCGGAGGAACUGUGGCGCUGUCAGGAGGGAGAGCAGCUGCAUGGGCUGGGUUUGGAUGUUAUCACCAAGUUCACUGUUGUUCCUGUCCCUUUGAAGAGUGAAGAUGAUGAAGAGAAACCUCAGUUUGCACGGCAUUAUCAGAGCCAAACUGAACAGAUGGAAACAGGAGCUGGUGAAGGGGACUGUGGAGAAGAAGCAACCAGGUAUUUUGAUGAAGAGAGAGCUUUACAACCGGUGACUGAGGUCAAGAUUGAAGCCCUUUCUGAUGCUGAGACUGAUGACAGUGCUGACUGGGGGGAGAAAACAGAACACCAGUCAUGUUUAAACUCAGUGGGAAACGUAAAAGAUAACAGAAGAAAAACAGAUAUGAAACCACAUAGCUGCUUGGAGUGUGGUAAAAAAUUUAAAUAUAGACAUCAUCUUAAGGAUCAUAUGAGAAUUCACACAGGAGAGAAACCCUUCAGCUGCUCUGAAUGUUGUAAAAGAUUUAACAGAAAAGGUAAACUUAAGGAUCAUAUGAGAAUUCACUCAGGAGAAAAACCCUUCAGCUGCUCUGAGUGUGGUAAAUCUUUUCACUAUAAACAUAAUCUAAGCUCUCAUAUGAUAAUUCACUCUGGAGAUAAACCCUUCAGCUGCUCUGAGUGUGGUAAACGUUUGAGCAGUAAAGGUGACCUUAAGGAUCAUGUGAGAAUCCACACAGGAGAGAAAUGUUUCAGCUGCUCUGAGUGUGGUAAAAGUUUUAGCAGUAGAGGUUAUCUUAAGAUUCAUAUAAGAAUUCACACAGGAGAAAAACCAUUUAGCUGCUCUGAGUGUGGUAAAACAUUUAGAAGUAAAUGUUAUCUGAAGGAUCAUAUGAGAAAUCACACCGGAGAUAAACCCUUCAGCUGUUGUAAAUGUGGCAAAAGAUUUAUCCGUCAAGGUCUGUUGGUCACCCACAUGGUAGUUCACUCCAGGGAAAAAUAUUAACCUCCUAAGGUCUGUUGGUCAGCCAUGUGGUAGUUCACUCCAGGGAAAAAUAUUAACCUCCUCUGAGUGAUGAAAUAUUUUACAACAAACAUAAUCUGAUAAUACAUAGGAGAAUGUACACGGGAGAGACAAUUUGUGUGUGCUCUAUAUGGUAAAAGCUUUAAUCAAAGGCAACAUUGAAGUAACAUGUUAGUUCACACAAGAAAGAAACUAUUCAGUUGCUCUAAGUGUGAUUACAAAAAUACAAUGUAAAGACAGACCUGGCACUUCAUAUGGCACAUGACGGAGGAGAGAAACCAUCAGUCUGCAAUGUUUGCAAAAGAAGAUUCUCUUGGCCUGGUUCAUCAACAGCUCACAACGGAAACCAAACAAAGGAGAAAAGGGAGAUUGCACCAGUAGUAAAUCUAAAAGACAGUGGAAGAUAAGGCUGAGCCACAAUCUCAACUUCAAACAGGUGUGGACAACCAGCGACUAAAGUGGAACUGCACAUUUUGUUGUGCUUUACAUUUUGUGGAAAACAUUAAGAAUAAUGAAAGUAAUAGAAAGAAAUCAAAUAGCUGUAUGAAGUGUGGUAAAAUAUUUGCCAACUAAAGUUAUCUUAGAGCGCAUACGAGAGUUCACUCAGAAGAGGCCCUUCACCUUCUCUUAGAGUGUUAAAAAAAUUCACAACAAAAGAGGUGUUACCUUACAUGUGAGAACUCACUCAGGAAAGAAACUCUUCAGCUGCUCUGAGUGUAAUAUAAAUGUAGUCAAAAAGGAUGUAUGACUGCACACAUGAAAAUUCACACUGGAGAAAAACUAUUCAGCUCUGCUGAAUAGUGCAAAGAUUUUAGAGAUAAAGAUGUGUGACUGCAAAAAUCAGAAUUCACUCAAGAGAGAAACCAUCUAGCUCAGUGUUACUCAACCCUGCUGACCCAAAGAGCCAAACUGUUG